GGGACCUUAGUUCUCUUUCCCAUCUUGCAAGGUAGGAAUCGCGGGCUUGUCUGCAAGAGUUGAGUUCAGGACUCCCAAUCCUUCGCCAUCCGAACCUGGAGGGCAUCCAGUCGACACCUACAGGGGUCGGACAUGUCCAAGGCUAACUGAGAGGCCUUCCAGACGCUUCAUUUUUGUUGUUUGGGUUUGCGGCAGGGGACAAAGAGGGUGAGGUAGAAUGCCGUAGUGGCUCCCUCCGGCUCUUCGCCACUCUCUUGGGCUGGGGGAACGAGGCCCUUUCGGGGACCCGUAGCGGACUGGUGGGUGUCAGAGGAAGCGGGGAGACGGCGCGUGCACUGUGUUCCCGGUCCUGGGUUCCAGAGGAUGACACUGAGCCUGUCGCAGCCACGUUGGGGUUCCGCACUGAAGCCAAAAGAUGGCGGGUGAAAAAGUUGAGAAGCCAGAUACUAAAGAGAAGAAACCCGAAGCCAAGAAGGCUGAUGCUGGUGGCAAGGUGAAAAAGGGUAACCUCAAGGCUAAAAAGCCCAAGAAGGGGAAGCCCCAUUGCAGCCGCAACCCUGUCCUUGUCAGAGGAAUUGGCAGGUAUUCCCGAUCUGCCAUGUAUUCCAGAAAGGCCAUGUACAAGAGGAAGUACUCAGCCGCUAAAUCCAAGGUUGAAAAGAAAAAGAAGGAGAAGGUUCUUGCAACUGUUACAAAACCAGUUGGUGGUGACAAGAACGGCGGUACCCGGGUGGUUAAACUUCGCAAAAUGCCUAGAUAUUAUCCUACUGAAGAUGUGCCUCGAAAGCUGUUGAGCCACGGCAAAAAACCCUUCAGUCAGCACGUGAGAAAACUGCGAGCCAGCAUUACCCCCGGGACCAUUCUGAUCAUCCUCACUGGACGCCACAGGGGCAAGAGGGUGGUUUUCCUGAAGCAGCUGGCUAGUGGCUUGUUACUUGUGACUGGACCUCUGGUCCUCAAUCGAGUUCCUCUACGAAGAACACACCAGAAAUUUGUCAUUGCCACCUCAACCAAAAUUGAUAUCAGCAAUGUAAAAAUCCCAAAACAUCUUACUGAUGCUUACUUCAAGAAGAAGAAGCUGCGGAAGCCCAGACACCAGGAAGGUGAGAUCUUCGACACAGAAAAAGAGAAAUAUGAGAUUACGGAGCAGCGCAAGAUUGAUCAGAAAGCUGUGGACUCACAAAUUUUACCAAAAAUCAAAGCUAUUCCUCAGCUCCAGGGCUACCUGCGAUCUGUGUUUGCCCUGACGAAUGGAAUUUAUCCUCACAAAUUGGUGUUCUAAAUAUCUUAAGAACCUAAUUAAAUAGCUGACUACA